AUGACUACCGAUACCCAUCUAGCGGCAGUCCUUCAUGGCGCUCACGAUAUGCGCAUACAAACACGCAAAACUACCAUUCCCGGUCCAGAUGAAGUCCAGGUCCGAAUUCGAGCCACCGGAAUAUGUGGAUCGGAUAUGCACUAUUACCACAGUGGAAAGAAUGGCAUAUUCAUGGUGCGCCAACCGCUUAUCCUCGGGCACGAGGCGGCCGGAGAAAUCACAGCCGUGGGCAGCAACGUCGGUAAAGAGUUUCAAAUCGGCGAUCGUGUGGUGGUAGAGCCCCAGCGUCCGUGUCGAAAAUGCGAUAUCUGCAGUUCAGGCUCCUACAACCUAUGCCGACAGUUGAAGUUUACUGGUUCUGCGAGCGUGGAGCCUCCAAUUCAAGGAACUCUCCAGGAGCUAUACAACCACCCGGCUCUCUUUGUGCACAAAAUGCCCGACACAAUUUCCUUUGAGGAGGGUGCUCUCCUGGAACCCCUGUCCGUCGCACUGCAUGCUAUUCGCCGGUCAGGCCUGACAGUCGGUCAGUCGGUGCUCAUAUUAGGCGCAGGCGCUAUUGGGUUGCUAUGUGCCAGCCUGGCUCAAGCCGCUGGUGCGUCCCGGGUCGGCAUCGUGGAUAUCGACCAGUCUCGUCUAGACUUUGCCAUGGCAAAGAGCGGAUCGCGUAAAGCAAUAGCCACGGCGUCAUACCGGAUUGACCAGUCCAAGAUGGGGAGUAUGAAAGAGGGGUUUGCAAGUCAUGUCGCGAAAGAAAUACUGGAGUCUGAAGGGCUGGGAGCGGCUGACAUUGUGCUUGAGUGUACUGGUGUGGAGUCCUGCUGCAACAUCGGUAUCAACUGCACUGCUCCGGGUGGAAAGGUGGUACUCGUGGGAAUGGGUAGCCCGACUCAGAACUUGCAAAUAGGGAGGGCUGCCGUCCAUGAGGUCGACUUGUUGGCAGUGUGGAGAUACGCGAACACCUUUCAAACGGCCAUUAACCUGGUCCAGAAUGGCCAAGUGCAUCUUCGACCGUUGAUAACGCAUAUCUUUGACCUUAAGAAUGCGGAAAAGGCUCUGGAAACUACUUUAGCGAAGCCAGCAGAUCUUAUAAAGUGUGUAAUCACUUGCUAA